UUGCAUUAUAAAAGCAGCAUGGAUGCCUCCACAAAGCCCUUUCCAAACUCAGAGGGACGCUGUAGCUGAGAGGAGUGGGCCGGUCACUGCUGCAAUAAUCAUCAUCAUCAUCAUCAUCAUCACCAUCACAUCAUCAUUAUCAUGGCACCAGCUGGAGCUAAGAAGGGUAUUCUGGAGAGACUGGAUGCAGGGGAGAUCGUUGUCGGGGACGGAGGCUUUGUCUUCGCCCUUGAGAAGAGAGGGUACGUCAAAGCAGGACCUUGGACACCUGAGGCUGCAGCCGAGCACCCUGAAGCGGUGCGGCAGCUGCACAGGGAGUUCCUGAGGGCUGGCUCCAAUGUCAUGCAGACGUUCACUUUCUACGCAAGCGAUGAUAAACUGGAGAACAGAGGCCACACUCAGCGCUUCACUGGGCAGCAGAUAAAUGAGGCAGCUUGUGACCUGGCCAGGGAGGUGGCCAAUGAGGGGGAUGCUCUGGUGGCAGGUGGAGUCUCUCAGACCCCCUCUUACCUGAGCUGCAAGAGCGAGAAUGAUGUGAAGGCCAUCUUCAAGAAGCAGAUCGACGUCUUUGUCAAGAAGGACGUGGACUUCUUGAUUGCAGAGUACUUUGAGCAUGUGGAAGAGGCCGAGUGGGCAGUCCAGGUCCUGAAGACCACCGGGAAGCCUGUGGCUGCAACUCUGUGUAUUGGACCUGAGGGAGAUCUGAACGGAGUCAGCCCUGGAGACUGUGCCGUCAGACUCGUCAAAGCUGGCGCUCAGAUUGUCGGCAUUAACUGCCACUUUGACCCAGAGACCUGCGUGAAGACUGUGAAGCUGAUGAAGGAGGGAGUGGAGAAGGCCGGGCUGAAGGCUCACUACAUGAGCCAGCCGCUGGCUUACCACACUCCUGACUGCAAUUGCCAGGGCUUCAUCGACCUGCCCGAGUUCCCCUUCAGUCUGGAGCCCAGGAUCCUGACCAGAUGGGACAUGCAGAAGUACGCCCGGGAAGCGUACAACGCCGGCAUUCGUUACAUCGGAGGCUGCUGCGGGUUUGAGCCCUAUCACGUCCGCGCCCUGGCUGAGGAGCUGGCGCCCGAGAGGGGUUUCCUGCCUGCUGGCUCGGAGAAGCAUGGCAACUGGGGCAGCGGCCUGGAGAUGCACACGAAGCCUUGGGUCAGAGCCAGGGCCCGUCGUGACUACUGGGAGAAACUGAAGCCGGCGUCUGGCCGUCCCUACUGCCCCUCGAUGGCGAUGCCCGACGGCUGGGGUGUCACCAAAGGCCACGCUGACCUGAUGCAGCAGAAGGAGGCGACCUCCCAGGAGCAGCUGAAGGCUCUCUUCGACAAAGCCAACAAAACCCACUGAGCUUCUCUCCGAGGAAGCCAGGAGGAAGGCGUACUCAGUCCCUAAAGUUUACAUACCAAAAAGCUAAAAAUGCUGAAGUUUUCUGUCUUUUUAAUUUUUUUUUUCGGACCAUUUUUACUACGACUGCUGUCUCAUGCUGACACUUCAGAUUAGCUAAGAUCAUUACAACUGCAAGCCAUGUGAAGUUACUGUGACUACAAAAAACAGCAGCUGUGAAUGCAACACAAGUUUCUGCCUUAACGCUCCAAAAGUGCCUGAUUGUUGUCUUACAAAAGAAUUGAAUGAUGUGUAGAAAUAAACUUCUUUAUAAUUGAACAAAA